UAGAGGCUUCGGGGUAUUUGUUAUGCAAGGGAUGCAUCCUGUACUUCCAUCGGUACUAGCGUGUACGUUUUUACAUUAUCUUACCGGUCGAUUCGGCAACUUUGAACCACAGACAUUCUGCUUAUUUUUGAAUGGUGAUCCAAAUAAAAAUAUUUGCCGUUCUACAACUGGCAAAUCCACUUUCGUAGAUCCUACCAUAUCUCUGAGCCGCAUGCUGACGUUUUGCAAGGGUUCUGCCGUGCUACGUCGAGGCCGGCCAAACUCCUAUAGAUUCGUCCACAACUUGUAUCUUUGCCCUUCCACGUAUUCUUGAAAGCCGAUCCGGGCUCAAUCUAUGGCGCUUUGUCCGAAUGCGUCUCUCGUCCUAUGAUGGGUUACUCAUCAACGCCGUGCUCUACACCUCCUGUAUAUUGCUCUCCGACCGUUA